UACAAGUAUAAUGUCAAGUAUGAAUGGACAAUGGGACAUUCGCCGUUGAAUGAAAAACGGAGAACGCCGUUUUCGUCCGUUACCAAAGCAUGGACAGCAGCUACAGCACUGUGGCUUGCCAACCUGUGGCGGUAAGAAUAUCUGUGGCGGUAAUUGUAUUGCCGCUUUUUGUCCAACCGCCGAAAAUGGUAGUGGUGCAAGUAUCGGCUGCUGUGGUACCAAUACUGGGCUUGUUUGGAUACAACAUAGUGGCGGUGGUUGA